AUGAGUUAUAAAGGAAGAUAUAAUAAUAAAAGAUAUCAAGAUGUUGACGACGACGAUGAUUACUAUGAACAAGAAGAAAUAGAAGAAGAGGAAAAUGAAGAAGAGGAGUAUGAUCAAUACGAAGAUGAAGAUGAAAAUACAGAAGAACUGAUAAAGAAAGAAUUGGAAGCAGUACCUUUUGGAAUGUUGAUCGAUAUGAAACAAAAACAGUCAGAGAAAGCACAACAACAAUUGAAUCUCCAAAAACAAAAAGAAGCACAAGAGAGACGACAACAAGAAAGAGAACUCUACAACAAGAGUAAGAAUCAACCUAUACCAAAAGCACUAAAACUUUCAAGUAGAUUCGGUAAAAGAGAAGAUAAAGAUGCACCAUUAGAAACCACAGCUAAAGUACCAGUAUCAAGAUAUAAGCAGGUGGUCAAUGUAAAGAAGAUGGUAGCUCGUGAUCCAAGAUUUGAUAGUCUAGCUGGUAAAUUUGAUGAAAAGUUGUAUCGUGAGAAGUACGGAUUCCUCGACGACAUUGUGAAAAAAGAUAUCAAUAAACUGUCGGAACGUCUCAAAGAGACAACAGAUUUUGACCUCCAAGCAAGAAUAACACGUGAAAUUCAAUCGAAACGUUCAAAGCUGGCAACUCAAGACCUACAAGACAAACGUCGUAAACUAAAGGAGGAAUGGCAGAAACAAGAAGUUGAAAAUGUUAGACAAGGAAAGAAACCAUUCUAUUUGAAACAAUCUGCACUGAAAGAUCUUGAAAUCAAAGAUAAAUUUAAACAACUUAAAGAAAAGAAACAAUUGGAUAAAUACAUGGAGAAGAGACGUAAGAAGGUAUCAAGCAAAUCUAAACUUAAUUUACCUAGAACAAGAAGAUCUGCUCCCGAAGAAUAUUAA